AUGGAUCGUAGUCCUGCUCCUGUCAUCUCUGCCAAUGUGCCACCUCAGCGUGCAGCCGAGUUGGCCACGCUCGCCCCGUUCUCCCGAGUUCGGCGCAGCGAAAGAUCGACCCUGCAGCUCUCGGUGCGUCCCUCGACUGCUUCCGCCGCUCUGGCCAAUCGUAGCCACCUGCCAGAGGCCAAGGUAGAGGCCAACAAUCUAGGCGACCGCAACGACGCUGUUGAGUUGCGCGAUCGAAUUGUCAACCUCAGGGUCACCCGGACCAGUGCCGUCGCUGUUGAUCAGUUCGCUGACGAGGAAGAUCAGGAAGAGGCUUGGUCGACUCAGUCCUUGUGCUCAGACUCCUCGACCGCAAGCAACGAUUCUUCGGUCACUCUGAUCGCCAGAGUCGUCAACGCCGAGCACUGCAACUCGGUCCUUGCAGUCCCAUCAGUCCAGCCCGACAACUCGGCUCGCCCUGGGGUGUGUCUACAGCUACGACUUGGAGAAAAGGUGUACAGAUGUCCAGUGCCACAGUGCAUCGCCAUACAUGUUGUGUAUGAUUCCCGUGAAGAUCUCAAGCGUCACAUCCGAAAGAGGCACAAUCUACAGAAGCCCCGUGGUUAA